AUGAAUACUAGAAAUUCAAAGAGACUUGCAAACAAUAAAAUAUCUGCUGCUACUAAACCUGCUAAACAGGGCCAGCUAGGAUUAGGUAUCACAUCACCAAAUCUAGAAUCAGAAAAUAUGUCACCAGCUCUAGAGUCAGAAAUUUUGUCUCAAGUAACUGCACCUUCAAGACAAUCAUUACCAACCUUAAAACAAUCAUCAUCAGUUCUGGGGACAAGAUCUAAUAAUCUGAAUGAUUUUGUUUCUUCUUAUCAGCUUCUAACUAAUCCAGUAAUCAUGCCUUUAAGAACAUCAUCAAUUCUGGAAUUGAAUUUUUCAAACAGUUCAUUAGGUCUCAUCUCUAAUAACAUACCUAUUCCAUCAAUAUUUAGCAACAUGACAAUUUAUCAAAUUUGUCUAUGGCUAUGUGCAAACUCUAAUAUUCUGCAACUUGCAAAUACUAUUAACUUAUCAAUACAAACCCCAGCUACAAAUGGUUCGCCAUUUAUGCACUCUAUCUCUUCAACAUUAUCAACUAUAGUACAAAAUCAAAAUGAUAAAGCAAAGGCUAGUCAUGACUUUUUAGAGGAAUUAAAGUGUCUCUUUCUUCAUGUUCGAAAUCCUCCCAAAAAAAUACUUGAGGAAUUAGUGAAACAAAUUAUUAAAUGUGACCUCAAUUCAACUGAAGGUGUUGAAUGGCUUCACAUUGCUAAAAGACAUUUUGGCAACUUUUAUAACAAGUUAAUUAAUGGUAUUGAGGAGUUGGUUGAAAAUUUUAAAGAGCAAAGAAAUCAUCCUACAACAAGCCCUUUACAAAAAGAAGAAAUUAUCACAUUCGUGGAUGAAACUGCAACAAUUUAUGUGUUAAGUCAAUGGUUAAAUGCCACAAAUACAGACGAACUAUGUGCUCAAAACUCAAUAUCUCAUUUGUGCAAGUUUAUUCAAAGUGCUUUUGCUAUCAAUUAUACAUCAAGAGAUAUUGAAAGGACGAAAGCAUUAGAUAGGUUAACUAAAAACAUCACUGUUCUAUUAUAA